GUUUAUUGAUUAGGUAAGUAUGUCGGUAUUUUUCUUCCCUAACCUUCCCUAGGAAAGUUCCUUUUAGGGAGGUAGAGCGCCCGAGCGGCCUGUCCGGCCAGUGAAAAUAGCCCGACACCACCCGAGGCGGGCACGUUACUUUUACUUGGGAAAACCGCUCUUCGAAAAUUCCCCACGCAGCGCGCGACAUUCACAAGCCUUUUCCUGCGGCGCCAGCAUUUUUAUUUGUUGUUGUCGACAUCAUUCGAAUACCAGCAUUAUACCCUCCUCUCUCUAGCUGCCCUCCCAGCUGUUCCCUCAUCAUGCUAGCCCUCCGUGCUGUCGCCGCCCCUGCGCGGCGCCAAUGCUUUGCAGCCGUGCCCAGAGCCACUGCUACUCUAUCCUUCCAGAACCGGAGGUUUUACUCAGACAAGGUUGCCAAAUUCCAAGGCACCAAGAACGCCAAUGGCCGCUACACUGUCAGUAUCAUGGAGGGUGAUGGUAUUGGCCCUGAGAUCUCUCAGGCUGUGAAGGACAUCUUCGAGGCCGCCAAGACACCAAUUGCUUGGGAGCCCGUCGAUGUUACCCCGAUCCUCAAGGACGGAAAGACUGCUAUUCCCGAUGCCACCAUCGAGAGCAUCGAGAGAAACAAGGUUGCCCUUAAGGGGCCUUUAGCUACCCCCGUCGGCAAGGGCCACGUCUCUCUUAACCUCACCCUCCGAAGAACCUUCAACCUUUUCGCCAACCUGCGACCUUGCCGCUCCGUUGCUGGGUACAAGACCCCCUACGAUGGCGUCGAUACCGUUCUGAUUCGUGAGAACACCGAGGGCGAGUACUCCGGUAUCGAGCACGUCGUUGUUGAUGGCGUCGUUCAGAGCAUCAAGCUCAUUACCCGCGAGGCCAGUGAGCGUGUGCUCCGAUUUGCGUUCCAGCACGCUCAGGAAAUUGGCCGUAAGAAGGUCCGCGUUGUACACAAGGCCACCAUUAUGAAGAUGUCCGAUGGUCUCUUCCUCCGUGUCGCUCGUGACGUCGCUAAGGAUUACCCCGAUAUCGAGUUCGACGCCGAGCUGCUCGACAACACUUGCUUGAAGAUGGUCACUGACCCUCUACCUUACAACGACAAGGUCCUCGUCAUGCCCAACCUGUACGGUGACAUUCUCUCCGACAUGUGCGCCGGUCUGAUUGGUGGUCUUGGUCUUACCCCCUCGGGCAACAUCGGUGACGAGUGCUCUAUUUUCGAGGCCGUCCACGGUUCUGCUCCCGACAUUGCCGGCAAGGGUCUGGCUAACCCCACCGCGCUGCUUCUCAGCUCCAUGAUGAUGUUGCGCCACAUGGGUCUGACCGAGUACGCCAACCGCAUUGAGCGUGCCACUUUCGACACCCUGGCUGAGGGCAAGGCUUUGACAGGCGAUCUGGGCGGCAAAGCCAAGACCCAUGAGUAUGCCGCUGCCAUCAUUUCCAAGUUGUAGAUGACAGACAUAUCCUGAACUCAUACCUCAACCUCCCAAUACCUCCUUAUACCCGCCCCUCGUCCUCCAUCCUUGAUCAUCAAGAUCCACAGCUUCAAUAAUUUGCAUAAACCCUCGAAUCCUUUUUUGAUAGAAACGCAGGGAGGAAAGAACUAGGUGGGGCAACAAGCAAUGACAGAUACCUAAGGCUAGACAUAGGUUAAGUGGAUAGACUUGUACAACAGGAACAACACACGAAGGGGUGUAUGUAUGUAUGCAUGCAUGAAACGAACACAAUGAAAUAAAAACAAAACAAUAAAAAAGCAGAGUCCAAACACCUAUAGACUGUGAACGCAAUCACGAUUUAUUCAAUGUGCAAACGAUCUGUGCACGAGCUCGAGGCUAAUGAAUGCAAGUAUGGAUAUUUGAUGAAUAUAGGGGAACACACCUACCUACCUAGCUACAUAUAUAUUGAUGUACAAAAGUCUCUCUUACUGGGUCAUCGGAGAACAUCCUUGUGCGAGAUGAGUCAAAUUAGCCAGACCACAAAGCCAUUAGCCACACGGACGUAGCUGACUACUUCACAACAGCUUAACACUUAAAGUUGGUUCAGAAUACAUCAAGACAAGAAAGCGA